AUGCCGGCCAGAUCAAGGGCAAGUGGCUCUGGUAGAGGAGGAAGAAGUGCCAAUGUGGCGAACGAUCAGGCAAGUAUGAUAACAAAUGAAGAGAGUCUGCAAGUGGCCGGGCCACCAAAGAGGGCUGGUAGAAAGACCCGCAAACCUCCAGAGCCGGUGGUAGAUUCCCCCGAACCCGCCGCAGCUCCUGCGAAGAGGAGCUACAAGCGGAAGAGGUCGCAGACGAGCGCCAAUAGUUCGGAACCCUCCGAAGUGGAAGCUAAACGAAAGCCCCGAGUCUAUGCAAGUCGCAAGAAAAAAGAUUCUUCAAAUCCCCCAGGGAUUGGGGGAUUGGAGGAUGAGGCUGAGAAGCCUCCAUCCAAGGAUGAGGCUGAGAAGCCUAUCUGGUCGGCUCCACCUAAGGAGGAGGCUGAAAAGCCUGUCUGGUCGAUUGCAUCCAAGGAUGAGGCUGAAAAGCCUAUCCAGUCCACGACGUCCAAGGAUGAGGCUGAGAAGCCAGUCUGGUCGAUUCCAUCCCAGGAUGAGGCUGAAAAGCCUGUCCAGUCGAGAAGCUCUAGAGGAAGGGGAAGAGGAAGAGGAAGAGGAAGUAGUAGUGCGCCGCAGAGAACUCGCCGAAGCUACACUAGGAAGACUAAAGCUAACCAAGAAGAGGUAACUCCUUCCACUUCUUCGAAGGCCAUUGGCGCAGUUAUAUCUGGUGAGGUGAGUGAACAAGCGACCUGGUCUGUGCUGGAUACCAACAUCAACAAGGGUAAUAUAAUCAAUGCGAAUCUACCCAUGAAUAUGCCAAGCUGUAACCAGGAAAAUGUCUUAAUGGAAAGGACUUUCAUGGAAAACGUCCAACAAAACCUUGUCAACCCAAUUCAGAUGAAAGUCACCCCUACAGAGAGAAAGAAGAGGGUUUCCAAAAGAUCUAUUAAAAAUGAUCUGGUAGAGAUCGAGGCCAAGGAUACAAAGCCAGACAUAUCACAACCUAUGCCGGAAGCGUCUGAUAAACCAGAAGAAGAGCUAGUUCCGAAAAAAAGACGCACUCGAAGAUCCCAAAAAAAAGACGAACCAGAGAAGCUUUCGGGACUGAAUGGCGGCACUGAUUCUACAAUCGGCUUGGAUAAUUCCUAUCGCAGUGAGUUGCCUUCUACCUCUGGACGGAAAACACGCGGUCGCAAGGAUGUCAAGCCAGUGGAUGCUCAAGCCCUUAACAACACCCGGGAUCUUAUGCGUCUAGCUGAAGCUGAUUCCUGCUCCAUGUACAAAACUAAGUACGAAGCAGAGACACCAAAGUUCAACUUCAACCCGAAUGAAAUCAAAAUCGAAAGAGCGGAAGAUUAUCCGUUGCACAAGCAAGGUGAUCCUUCAUUAGAGACUUCUGGAGCUUUAUAUGCAGGGCUGGACAAUUCCUAUCUCAAUGAUUUGCCUAUUACCUCUGGGCAGAAAACACGCGGUCGCAAGGAUGUCAAGCCAGUGGAUACUCAAGCCCUUAACAACACCCGGGACCUAAUGCGCCUAGCCGAAGCUGAUUCCUGCUCCAUGUACAAAACAAAGUACGAAGCAGAGACACCAAAGUUCAACUUCAACCCGAAUGAAAUCAAAAUCGAAAGAGCGGAAGAUUAUCCGUUGCACAAGCAAGGGGAUCCUUCAUUAGAGACUUCUGGAGCUUUAUAUGCAGGGUUGGACAAUUCCUAUCUCAAUGAUUUGCCUACUACCUCUGGGCAGAAAACACGCGGUCGCAAGGAUGUCAAGCCAGUGGAUACUCAAGCCCUUAACAACAACCGGGACCUAAUGCGCCUAGCCGAAGCUGAUUCCUGCUCCAUGUACAAAACAAAGUACGAAGCAGAGACACCAAAGUUCAACUUCAACCCGAAUGAAAUCAAAAUCGAAAGACCGGAGGAAUAUCCGUUGGACAAGCAAGGUGAUCCUUCAUUAGACACUUUUGGAGCCCUAAAUGCAGGGUUCAACAAUUCCUUUCACAAUGAGCUGCCUACCACCUCUGGAAGGAAGAGACGCGGUCGCAAGGAUGUCAAGCCAGUGGAUACUCAAGCCCUUAACAACACCCGGGGCCUAAUGCGCCUAGCCGAAGCUGUUUCCUGCUCCAUGUACAAAACUAAGUACGAAGCAGACUUCAACCCGAAUGACAUCAAAAUCGAAAGAGCGGAGGAACCUGUUAAACCCACCCAUCCGUUGGACAAGCAAGGGGAUCCUUCAUUAGACACUUCUGGAGCUUUAUAUGCAGGGCUGGACAAUUCCUAUUACAAUGAUUUGCCUACUACCUCUGGACAGAAAACACGCGGUCGCAAGGAUGUCAAAACGGUGGAUACUCAAGCCCUUAACAACACCCGGGGCCUAAUGCGCCUAGCCGAAGCUGUUUCCUGCUCCAUGUACAAAACUAAGUACGAAGCAGACUUCAACCCGAAUGACAUCAAAAUCGAAAGAGCGGAGGAACCUGUUAAACCCACCCAUCCGUUGGACAAGCAAGGGGAUCCUUCAUUAGACACUUCUGGAGCUUUAUAUGCAGGGCUGGACAAUUCCUAUCUCAAUGAUUUGCCUACUACCUCUGGACAGAAAACAUGCGGUCGCAAGGAUCUCAAGCCAGUGGAUGCUCAAGCCCUUAACAACACCCGGGAUCUUAUGCGUCUAGCUGAAGCUGAUUCCUGCUCCAUGUACAAAACAAAGUACGAAGCAGAGACACCAAAGUUCAACUUCAACCCGAAUGAAAUCAAAAUCGAAAGAGCGGAAGAUUAUCCGUUGCACAAGCUAGGGGAUCCUUCAUUAGACACUUCUGGAGCUUUAUAUGCAGGGCUGGACAAUUCCUAUCUCAAUGAUUUGCCUACUACCUCUGGACAGAAAACAUGCGGUCGCAAGGAUCUCAAGCCAGUGGAUGCUCAAGCCCUUAACAACACCCGGGAUCUUAUGCGUCUAGCAGAAACUGAUUCCUGCUCCAUGUACAAAACUAAGUACGAACCAGACUUCAACCCGAAUGACAUCAAAAUCGAAAGAGCAGAGGAAACUGUUAAGCCCGUCGAAACCACCCCUCCGUUGGACAAACAAACGCAUCCUUCAUUAGACACUAUUGCAGCCAUAGAUGCGGUCCUGGACAAUUCCUAUCUCAAUGAUUUGCCUAUUACCUCUGGACGGAAGAAACGCGGUCGCAAGGAUGUCAAGCCAGUGGAUACUCAAGCCCUUAAGACCAAACGGGAUCUGAUGCGUCUAGCCGAAGCUGAUUCCUGCUCCAUGUACAAAACUAAGUACGAACCAGAGCCACCAAAGUCCACUUUCAACCUGAAUGACAUCCAAAUCGAUAUGGCGGAGGAACCUGCUAAACCUGUGAAUACCACCCCUUCGUUGGACAAGCAAACCCAUCCUUCAUUAGACACUAUUGCAGCCAUAGAUGCGGUGCUGGACAAUUCCUAUAACAAUGAGUUGCCUUCUACCUCUGGACGGAAGAAACGCGGUCGAAAGGAUGUCAAGCCAGUGGAUACUCAAGCCCUUAACACCAAACGGGAUCUGAUGCGUCUAGCCGAAGCUGAUUCCUGCUCCAUGUACAAAACUAAGUACGAACCAGAGCCACCAAAGUCCACUUUCAACCUGAAUGACAUCCAAAUCGAUAUGGCGGAGGAACCAGAAAAGCCCGUGAAUAUCACGCAUCCGUUGGACAUGCAAGAGGAUGACCCUCCAUCCGAUUCUUUUGCAGCCCUAGAUGCGGAGCUGGAUCAAAUUUUCCGGGAGGUCACUGAAAGUGAACCAGGCUCUAAUCCUAGUCCCGUUGAUAAAGACUUCGCCUUGGAAUUCGAGCUAGAGCCACCAAGUACCGAGGACAUAGACGCUCGGCUGGAGGCUGAACUCAAGUCACUUAUGCCCGACGAGGAUGUGACUUCAGGGCAAGUCUCGACAUCAAAUACGUUCCAAGUACAAAUACCGUCGCCUAGGCAACCGGCCACAGAUGAAGAUAUCGAAGCACGUCUGCAAGCGGAACUAGACUCAUUGCCCAUGAUUGAAGCCGAUCCUAGCGAGCCUGACGAGUCUCUGGAUGACAUCCUCAGCUCGAUCUUUAAUGAAGUGCAGGCUGUACCUCCUAAGGCUACACCUAUGGCUGGUGUCCCCGCAUCCAUGGCUGUAACUUCCGCACCUAGGAUUGCUGCCCCCAUACAUAAGGAUGCUGUCCCCGCACCUAUGGAUGUAGACCCCGCACCUAUGAUUACUUUCACCACAUCUAGGAUUGCGGCCCCCGAACCUAUAGCUGCUGUCCCCGCACCUAGGAUUGCUGCCCCCACACCAUUGGUUGCUACCCCUAACCCUGACUCAAUGGGACUACCAGUUGAGGGCUCCGGUCGUGCAGAUUGCAGUUCCGUUAACGUUAUGAGGAACGCUCCGGCGGCUGUAACCUUGUCCAGGGCGCCGAUACAUCAGCGUGGCGGCGUGGUCCCUCAGUUGCCGAUGAUCACGCGACUGCAUAAUGUUCAGGGCGAGGAUAUAUCGGUCUCCUACACCACAGGACCAGACGGUCUUGUGACCAAUGUGGCCAUGGUGCAACCGCUGUCGGAGCCCGACAGGCCGGUCCAAGACAUGAAAAAAAAGGAACUGCCAAGCCUUACGGCCAGCCAGCUGCAUACGAUUUUGCAGACCUCCAAGCCGUACUUGACCCUGCCGAUGACCAUGGCCGGCUGUCCAAACAUCCGAGGGCGAGGUCGAGACUUAGUCAACCGAGUCAUUCUGGCCAACGAGCAGGCCGUGGAGGACGAGGAAGUCGAUUACGAGGAGAUCGGCGUAGCAGACACUUUCGCGGAGUACUGGCCCAGCAAGCUCAAGGUUGGGGUGGCCCACCCGGAUCCUGUUGUGGAGACUGCGACUCUGUCAUCAGUCGAGUUUCCCGAUAUUACAUACAAACUUUCCUUACCGGAACGUACUACGUCCUCGCUGAGUGCCCUUCAGUUGGAAGCGGUGGUAUACGCGUGCCAGGCUCACGAGAAAAUCCUUCCCAGUGGCGAGCGAGCCGGAUUUCUCCUGGGCGACGGCGCCGGAGUGGGUAAGGGCCGAACCAUUGCCAGCAUUAUAUAUGACAAUUACCUGAAGGGCAGGAAACGAGCUCUCUGGAUUUCCGUAUCGAACGACCUGAAAUUUGACGCCGAAAGAGACUUCCACGACAUAGGAGCUUUGGACAAAAUCGAUCUCUGUUCUAUAAGUAAAUUCCGGUACAGUCGCAUAGACUCUGAUGAAAACGACAACUUUAAACGGGGGGUGAUAUUCUGUACAUAUACCGCUCUUAUUGGUGAGUCCUUAACAAGCAGUAGUAAAUACAGAACCCGUUUAAAACAAAUCACCAGAUGGCUGGGGAAGAAAUUCAAUGGCGUGAUCGUCUUCGACGAGUGCCAUAAGGCCAAGAAUCUGAGCCUGAUGAACGUCGGAAAAUCCACCAAGACUGGCACCACUGUGCUGCAACUGCAAAAGGUGCUGCCCAACGCCCGGGUGGUCUACGCCUCCGCCACGGGAGCCAGUGAGCCUCGAAACAUGGCCUAUAUGGUGCGUCUGGGAUUGUGGGGACCUGGAACUGCCUACCCAGACUUUUACGAAUUCGUCAACACGGUGGAGAAACGAGGCAUAGGUGCCAUGGAGAUCGUCGCCAUGGAUAUGAAACUGAGGGGAACCUACAUAUCCCGCCAGCUGAGCUUCAGGGACGUGAGCUUCCGCAUCGAGGAGGUGCCUAUGUCAAAGGAUUUCCGGAAGGUUUAUAACUUGGCCGCCGAACUGUGGGCCGAAAUCAACAAAAAGUUCCAAAAAGCCUGCAGGCUGAUGUGCGUCGAAAGUCGAGUACAGAAGAUUAUAACAUGCCAGUUCUGGUGCGCCCAUCAAAGGUUCUUUAAAAACCUGUGUAUUGCCGCGAAGGUGAACCACGUGGUCAGGAUGACGCGCCAGGCGACGCGAAUGGGCAAGGCGGUGGUCAUCGGCCUGCAGUCGACCGGAGAGUCGCGCACCUUGGAACACUUGGAGCGACAUCAUGGAAAGCUAAACUCAUUUGUUUCCACAUCGAAGAUGAUCAUACAGUCGUUCGUGGAGAAGCACUUCCCGGCUCCCAAGCGUGACUCCUUCCAUCAUCUGCUGAACACAGGGGAAUUCGUGCCAGAGUCCCGUUCACGACCACCAGGUCCCAAAAAGGCCAGGAUGAAUCCAGACUGGUUCGAUGACGAUAUGGAUGCAGAGGCUGGCGAGAGCGAUAUUGAGAUGUACGAGAACAGCUGGAUCUCUGAGGAUGAGCGUAAGGCAGGACGAAAGCGUCGUGGCAGGCCCCCAAAGGUCGAAAAGGCGGAGAAAAUGACGAUGCAGGAACGCAUCUUGCAGCAUUUGUGCAACAAUAUGCGGGAUCAGGACAACGAAGACGAUACCAACUACAAUAUCGACAAUACCAAGCCGCAGAAGGCCAACAUCACAGAACGUGAUGUGGAACGAUGUAUUUGUUCACGGGAGGUACUACUGGAGAAGAUCGAGGUCUUGGGCCGUCGCAUGCCACCCAAUACGCUGGACAAGCUGAUCUCGGAUCUGGGUGGACCCACCAAGGUGGCGGAAAUGACCGGACGACGUGGACGCGUGGUGCGUACCGAGUACGAUGGCUACAAGUAUGAGCCUCGCUGUGAGAGUGAUACCUCAACGGAUUUGGUGAAUUAUCGGGAGAAGCAGCGCUUCAUGAACGGCAGCAAGCACGUGGCCAUUAUUUCCGAAGCCGCCUCGAGUGGCAUCUCCUUGCAGAGCGACAAACGGGUGUCCAACCAGCGACGUCGUCUGCACAUCACCCUGGAGCUGCCGUGGAGCGCCGAUCGGGCCAUCCAGCAGUUUGGUCGGACACAUCGCUCCAACCAGGUCAACUCGCCGGAGUACGUGUUUGUCAUCACCGACUUGGCUGGCGAGCGACGCUUCGCCUCGACGGUGGCCAAGCGCCUGGAAAGCCUGGGAGCCCUCACCCAGGGUGAUAGACGAGCCACCGAUGCCAGGGAUCUGUCCCAGUUCAAUAUCGACAACAGCAUUGGCCGCAGUGCCCUAGAGAAUGUCAUGCAACAGCUGACCGGCGACAAGACCCUGGACAUCUCGCACUUGCCCACCAACUACAAGGGCGACUUUGCCCAAGACUGCGCCAGGGCUAUGGCCGGAGUGGGCAUGUUGAAUGUUCGGGAAGAGAACAAGACCAAGAUUUACACCGUGGAGAAGGACAGCAACAACAUUCCCAAGUUUCUUAAUCGCAUUCUCGGCUGCCGCGUCGAGAUCCAGAAUGCGCUCUUCAAGUUCUUCCUGGACAAGAUGUACUCCCAGAUUUUGCAAAUGAAACGCUCGGGACGCUUUGAUCUCGGCAUUCUCGACCUGGACGCCCACGGGGCAAGUGUCAAAUCGAUCAAGCUGAUGAAAUUCACUCGCAAGCAUUCCACAGGAGAGGCAGCCACUGAACUGCACACCGUUAAGGUGGAGAGAGGCAUGUCCUUUGAAAUCGCCGUGGCCAAGUUCCGCAAGGACGCCCGUCAAGAUCACGACGGCUUCUAUGUGCUGAAGCAGUUGCGGCGCAACAAGAACUCUUCAAUCUUGUGUCUCCCGGCCCCGUCUAAUCCGAGGGAUAAUCCUCCUCCGCCGACCACACCCAACAAGAUUAACUUACAGAUCUACCGCCCGAACACCGGGCCUCAAGUGCGCUUGGAGACCCUUGGCUCCAUUAACAAUCGCUACGUACGAGUUUCUCCGGACGUGGCUCGCCCCUUUUGGCAGGAGCAGUAUGAUACGUGCCUAGAUCACUGCUCUCACUCUUACUGGAACCGGUACUGUCCCAAUCCCGUGACCUGCGAGGUGGGCCUUCGAAUCCGCACCUACCACGUUCUCUCGGGCCUUAUGCUGCCCAUCUGGGACCGAAUUGAGCAGAUCGUUGAGACAAAUGGACACAAAAUACAGAUCAUUCGGGUCAAAACGGAUGUAAAAAAGAAGAUCGUAGGCACCGUGGUGCCGCACACCGUCUACGAUGCCCUGGUGGCCGAUUUGUCCACCGAUUCAUUGGUGGAAAGCUUCACCCCACCCACAUUUAAAACACUCGAUUGCGCAAGCUCCUCCAGUGAGCUAGCGCCACUUUAAAAAUAUCAACUCAAAUUGUGGCAUUCAGCGCAAUACAUAUUGCGUUAGCUCUGGCUUUUUUCAAAUGCCAGGCACGCUCCGGCAUCCUCCAGCUACCAUACAACAUCCUACAGCGAGCUACCAGCAUCCAGAAGGCACCGCGGAGCAGAAGCAGCCCGGCCAUAAACAACAGCAACAAAGACACAUACUGGAAGACACUUACAGCUCGUAUGCGUGCGAAUGUGAUUCAUACAUAUGCACUGAAGAAAAAUACUUACUCUUCAAUAUUGUAUUCUUAAAAUUUAAUUUUGUUUGCUAAUUUGUUUUACAUUUGGUUUCUAAUAUUGUUAAUGUUCGGCUUACUUCAACUGUUACAUUUUACAAUUGGAUUAAUUAAGCAUUCACAUCUAAAAACAACUUCUUGUAUUCUUAAUAAAAAAUUAAGCAGGACUGAUACUAUAGCCCUUUCAAUCAAAGAUUAAACACUAUGCGGACUGGA